UAUGAUUUAGUAGUUUAGCUAUAAUAAAUUUAAUUACUGUAUAUAAAUGUAAUUUUAAUUAAUGACAUGUUUCAGGAAUUAGAAAGUUGGAUGAAUUCUUCUAAAAACGGUGUAAUUUAUAUGAGUUUUGGUAGCAACGUGAGCAAUAAGGGACUUUCAAUGAAAACGAAACAUAUUUUAUUUAACGUUCUCUCUAAUUUACCCUACGACGUUUUAUUAAAAUGGGAUGAAGAAGUAUUAAUAAGACAUACCAAAAAUAUCAAUAUCGGCAAAUGGUUUCCACAAUCAGAUUUACUACGUAAGUAUUUAUUGCAACUUUAUUUAUUAGUUAAUCUGUGUUCAAAAUUUUGUCUUUUUACAGAUCAUCCAAAAGUCAAACUAUUUAUAACACAAGGAGGCUUACAAUCGACGGAUGAGGCAAUAGCAGCCGGAGUACCUAUGGUCGGCGUACCAAUGUUCGUUGAUCAAGCAUACAAUACUGAACAAUAUGAACGUUUUAAUAUUGGUAUUAAACUUGAUUUUAAUGAUCUAACAGAGGAAGUGUUUAAAAAAGCUAUUAAUAAGGUUAUAGGCGAUGAAAAUGUCGAUUUGGUACAUAUAUUCUAUACAUUUUACAGGUAUCGUAACAAUAUAAUGCAAUUAAGGAAUAUUAUAAAUGAUCAGCCACAAUCGCCUUUAGAUAAGGCAAUAUGGUGGACAGAAUAUGUAAUACGAAAUAAAGGAGCAAAGCAUUUGAGAAGUCCAACAGCGAAUAUAUCAUGGAUGAAGUAUUUAGAAAUUGAAUUAGUUAGUACUGUAACGAUAAUAUUGUUAAUAUUUUUCACCUGUUUAAUUUUAAUAGCAAAG